AUGACUGGCGGGAAAGUGGCACUGGUCACUGGGUGCUCUCAGGGAGGUAUUGGGUUCGCAUUAUGUCAAGAACUUGCAGAAAAGGGAUGCACGGUAUACGCAACUGCUCGUCGACUGGGUCUAUGCGAAGAGUCCGUGCAACUCGCUGUAGACACAGUCAUGGAGCGUGAAGGUCGCAUCGAUGUAUUGAUCAACAACGCUGGGAUGAGUGGCAGCGGAGCCUUGAUCGACAUUCCCAUCGAGGAAAUAGUCCAGACAUUCAACACCAACGUCUUCUCCAUCGUCCGCUUGACCAAGGCAGUGAUCCCACACAUGGCAGCUCGCAAAAGCGGCACCAUCGUGACCAUAGGGUCUCUGGCUGGCGAGAUCCCAGUCCCGUGGGCCGGUGUGUACGCCGCGACCAAAGCGGCCGCUCACUCCCUCACGGACACCCUAUACAUGGAAUGCACCCCGCUCAACAUCAACGUCGUUCUCGUCUCUCCCGGAGGCGUCAAGUCGAACAUAUCUGUCAACCAGGCCGACCGCGACUACCUCGCGGCGAUCAUGCAGAGGCUCGUCAUGAGCCAGCAAAACAACCCGAUGCCCGCCGCGGCGUUCGCCCAUAAGUACUUGACCCUGGCAACGUUGUCGGGGUUCUACAGUAUCAUGAAGUGGCUUCCGCGUGGUUGGAUUUUGAGGCAACUGUGGAAGAAUCUUGGAGAACGUCCGAGGUUGAAGGCAAUGCAGAAGUAA